GGCGCCGGCGUCGCUGUCCUCCUCGUUCACCGGCGCGGGUUUCGGGAAGCAAAUCGACGGGCAGAGGCUCAGCGUGUCCGCGCUCGCGCCCGCGCCCGGGUCCAGGCGCGGCGGCUCUCGCUGCGUGACGACCAUGGCGGCGAAGAUCGCGGGGUACAUCAAGCUCGCGAUCGAGGCGGGGAAGGCGAACCCCGCGCCUCCCAUCGGUCCCGCGCUCGGUGCGAAGGGUGUGAACAUCAUGAUGUUCUGCAAGGAAUACAACGCGCGCACCCAGGACCAGGCCGGCACGAUCAUCCCCGUCGAGAUCACCGUCUUCGAGGAUAAGUCCUUCACGUUCGUGCUGAAGACCCCGCCCGCGUCGGUGCUCCUGAAGAAGGCUGCCGGCGUCGCGAAGGGUUCCGCGCAGCUCGAGAAGGUUGGCUCCAUCACCAGGGACCAACUCGAGGAAAUCGCCAAGAUCAAGAUGCCCGAUCUCAACGCGCACAAGGUGGAGUCCGCGAUGCGCGUCGUCGCGGGAACGGCGGCGAACAUGGGCAUCACGAUCGAGGGGUGGGACAUGGAGGAGAGCAAAGAGAUCUUGCGACAGGAGAAGGCUGCGACGUGGGGAACUGCGUGAGCGUCUAGGACGACGGCGUGCCGAUUCGGUGAGGCGUGAGCUCGGGCGGCGGUGCGGUGCGGUGGGGGUUUCACGUCGCGGGACGCUCGCGAGGGAGGAUGCACGCGUUCGAACGGCGGAGCCCGGAUGGAACGGCGGUCAGCGCGCGGUUGUAUAUAUCACUCGAGAGACUGAGGUG